AUGGCUUCACCCGACGAGGAAAAAGCUAUUGUGCUGUACCACUAUUCCACCUCGCCAUAUGCGAGGCGGAUCGCGUGGUAUCUGGCACUCAGAGGCAUCCCUUACGCCCAAUGUAUGCAACCACCGGUGAUGCCCCGGCCAGAUGUUGCAAAACUCGGCGUUGCCCAUCGGCGCAUUCCGAUCCUAUCUAUCGGCCGUGAUGUCUACCUUGACACACGUCUGAUGCUCCGCAAACUAGAAUCUAUUUACCCGUCGCGCCCGCGUCUCGGCGCAUCCAAGCCGGAUCAAGCCGCCCUCGAGCGCCUGCUCGAAGCCCUCACCAUCGACGGCGGCGUCUUUAGCAACGCAAUCAACCUACUUCCCACCAGCUUGCCCAUGCUGCGCGACCCGGCUUGGUUCAAAGACCGCAGCGGCUACGCUGGCGUCAAGCUCUCAGCUGAGGUUAUGGAGCGCAACAAGCCGCAGGCUGUCAACGAGGUGCGACGCCACAUGGAGUUCCUCGAGACGACGCUGCUGGCCGAUGGGCGUGACUGGGUUCUUAAGACAGACGGCCCCGGCCUCGCGGACAUUGAAGCCGUUUGGUUGGUCCACUGGCUUUCGGGCAUUCCUGGCGCGUUGCCCAAGGAGCAUAUUUCGGCUGAAAAGUUCCCCAAGGUCUUUGCAUGGAUCGUGCGAUUUCAGAAAGCCCUGUCGACUGCGAAGAAGGCGGCGCCAAAAGUGAAAACAGUAUCCGGGGACGAGGCCGCGGAAAUCAUCAUUUCGUCGCCGUAUAACGAACCCCAGGAACAUGUUGACCCCCAAGAUGCGCUUGUGGCUGCUGAGGGCUUGAAGUCAGAUGAUGUGGUUGUCGUCUGGCCUACCGACACGGGUGCAUCGCACAAGGAUUCAGGGAAGCUUGUGAGCAUCAACGGAGACGAAGUGGUGAUUGAAGUCAAUGGAGAGAAGGGAUCUGUCAGAGUUCAUGCGCCGAGACAUGGCUUUCGGGUGGAGAAGCUAGAGAGGUUCAAGGAACGCAGAAGGUCCACCAAGCUGUGA